AUGUCAACAGCGACAAGUUCGACCUUUAAACCAGCAACUUUUACAUUACCCCAUAUUUACACACCACUACCUACCAGCUCGACCAGUGACAGUCGCAACACUGAACCACCAGAUGGUGUAACCUUGAAGCUAUUCCCAACCACGACCACUGCUGAGCAAACAGCUACUGUUUCCACAGACAAUAGUAACACUGCUGUUAACACCAACAAUAACGAUAAUGCAGACUUGCCUAAACAUUUUUCAAAACUGACAUCGCGAGCACCCAAUGAAAUCACACGAACAACCCUCAUGCCAUGGACAACGUCUUCUUCGCAGAUCACGGCAUCAGCAUCGGCAUCUGUACGUCAUUUCAGUAAGAACGAUCAUCGACUCGAUGGUGGACACAUAGCAGGUGCUGUCAUUGGUAGUGUAGUGGGCGCUCUCUUGAUAGGCUAUAUUUUCUAUGUUCUCUGUUGGAGUCGACAAAAGACACUGCGAAGAGCAAGGGAGGAAAGACGCGCGAGACAGCCCUGGGAGAAAAUGGAAAAUGCUCAACAAAAGAGCCGUAUGAUGUCUAUGCGCGUGCCUCGUUCACAACCGCAAUAUAGUCACAAUAGAGUUGAUUCGGCUGCUUUACACGAUUCCGAGGAAGAUGACAAGUCUUCUUAUGAUAGUCCGAAAAGGCUGUCACCAGCAAUGAAGUUUGAAGCAGUAGAUGUCCAAAACCCAUACUAUCAGCAGCAAUUUUUUACUGAUCCACGUGAUUCAUUCGCGCCCCAGCCGUUUUUCCCAACUACACCACAGCCUUUCGCGCCAGGAACGUGGAACAAUAAUUACGCUUAUAGUAAUUCCUCAGGAAGAUUGUAUUAA